CUGGUCAGCACAGAGUGUCAUCAUGGCCACCCUGAAGGAGAAGAGGACUUGUGGGCAGCGAUGUGAAGACUUUGGCCAUUUUGUCUGGAAUUCUGACCAUGGGACGUUUAUGGGACGAACACCCAAGAAAUGGGUUUACAUCAGUCUGUAUUAUGUGGCCUUCUACGUGGUGAUGACGGCCCUGUUUUCUUUGGCCAUCUGGGUUCUCAUGUAUACCUUGGAUCCGUACACCCCUGACUACCAAGACCGGCUAUCAUCUCCAGGGGUGAUGGUGUGGCCGGACACUUAUGGAGAGGAAGAUAUUGAAAUCACUUACAACACAUCAGACAAGGCCAGCUGCAUGAAGAUGUCCAACAUCCUCCAUAAGUUCUUAAAGCCUUACAAUGACACUACACAGCAUGAAUGUAACAAAUAUAACUGCACUAAGGGGAAGUACUUCAUCCAGAAAACCUUCCUUGCUCCUCACCACACCAAGUGGUCAUGUCCCUUCCCACAAAGCAUGCUGGGAGCCUGCUCUGGACUGGAGGACCCAAUGUUUGGCUACAAUGGCACCAUGCCUUGUGUCAUCAUUAAGAUGAACAGAAUCAUUAACUUUUUGCCUUCUAAUCACACGGACCUCCCCCCAUAUGUCAACUGCACUAUACUGGAUGGACAACAUAAUGUGGAAAAAAUCGAGUAUUUCCCUGACAGAGGAAUUCUGGAUCUCUCCUACUUCCCUUACUAUGGAAAACUGGCACAGCCUUCCUAUGUCAACCCGUUGGUAGCUGUUCGGUUCAGCCUGGUCGGGGGAAAGCAAGCCAAGAUCCAGUGCAGAGUGGUCUCUGACAAGAUCAGCUACGAGAACAUCCACGAUCCCUAUGAGGGAAAAGUCAUCUUCUACCUCAAAGUAACGAAAUGAGAAACAGAACAGAAGAUACUUAGAUGCCUUAUGACCGUGUAACCACUCACUAGAUGGUACCGAAAGACAGAGCAGAUGUCUUUUCAACCAUGACCAUUAUCUAACAACAUUUAAACUAUAUGUAUUCAGCAUUUAAAUCUCUGCGCAGUGUUGUGCUUUCAUAAAUGUGAUUUGUCAUGCUUUGCUGAGUGAUUCAUUAACUUCUUUGUCAUCUGAUUUUUAGAUUUGGCCAUGAAAUAAACAAUAUCUGUAAUGCUUAAGAAUGUGAGAGGAAAAUUCAUAAUGAGCAAUUAUGACUAACACAUUUUAACAGGUUCUUUAGUGCUAAAUUUAUGUAAAUGAAAUAAUAGUUUUUAAAUUAAAAACUUAUUCCAAUUACAGUUUGGUCUCAUACAGGUAUUUGACAAAGUAGCCUAAUCUUUAAGGAUGAUUUAUAGGAUAGAUUUGUUGGAUAAUGCUUUAACUUGUUCUAUGCUUUUAAGAUUUUAUUCAGGAUUUGGAUGUUCUCUUCUUCUUUUUGUUUGUUUUAUGUUGUGU